AAGUGACGUCACAGCCGAACUCGGCGGACUUUCGCCUUUGACGCGUCCGCCGGACCGACAGAAGUCGACCAAACUCUUUCUCCCCGCCAUGUCGCUCAUAAAUCCGUUUCAGUUCGGGCCCAAGCCGGGUUCCGGUGUCGGGGAGCAAAUCUGCAUGGUGGAGUGCGGCUGUACGCCGGUGUGUGGAUGCCGGCCGGACUGCGCGUGCACGGCGGGAACCCUGCGGGCAGCUGCGGAGGAACAUCUGCCGAAGCUACAGAAGAACGGCCUGGACAGAAAAACACAAGGGUUCGACAACUUCGCCUAUGAGUUCAGCAGCCAGAGUGAGCUCUGCACUUCACCCAAAGCAGCCUCCACCGCAACAUUUAAACUCUUUGGACUCUCUACUGCACUGGAGGCCGUGGAAACGACUCUCCCCGCUUUAGAUGGAGUCCUUGCCGUCACCUGGCUGGUCCCUGAUGCUUUGGUACAGGUGGAUUAUGACUCCUCAGCUACCACAACCAAAGAGAUCGCCAUGCAGCUGCAGGCACUGGGGUGCACCGUGGAGGCGGCGGUGCAGAUGAAGGUGGAUGGCAUGCACUGCCGGUCCUGUGUGGAGUCCAUAGAGCGACGUAUCCGAGAGCUUCCAGGGGUUGUACAGAUUCGGGUGUCGCUUGAGGAAGCCAAAGCAGAGGUUAUGUUUCAGCCACUUGUCAUAACUCAACAAGAGCUGCAGGACCAAAUUGAGGACAUGGGGUUCAGCGCCACUUUGAUGCUAAAGGAAACAUCCAGUGGAGAUCUGACCUUCGUGCAGAGGGACCUGAACAUGUCCAUACAGAAUACAACCAUCUGGAUCGCUGGGAUGAGUUGCAGCUCUUGUGUGCAGUCCAUAGAGGGCAGAAUCUCUCAAACGAGGGGAGUGAAGUCUAUAGUUGUGUCCCUGAAGGAGGAAAAAGCAACGAUAAGCUUUGAUCCCGGGCUGACGGAGCCAGAGCAGCUAAGGGCAGCGAUCGAGGACAUGGGCUUUGACGCAUCACUCAAAGAGCCUGAAAGAAGCAUCCAGAACCAGGAGAAGUCCAGGUCUGUAGAUUUUUACCAGCAGCCACAAAGCACAGCGGCCUUCAACCAUCCCUCUGGAGCACAGCCAAAGCCCGACAGUCCUAAGACGGAAAUCAAGAAGUGUUUUGUUCUUGUGGCGGGAAUGACCUGCACCUCCUGCGUGGCGAACAUUGAGAAGAACAUCCUAAAACACCGAGGGAUCGUCUCAGUCCUGGUGUCGUUGAUGGCCGGAAAGGCAGAGGUGAAGUACGACGCGGGAGUCCUGAGCGCUCCUGCUGUCGCUCAGCUCAUCCAGGACUUAGGCUUCGGGGCCAAACUCAUAGAGGACCACGCCGGAGAACACGGGAAGCUGGACCUCACAAUCACGGGGAUGACGUGCGCAUCAUGCGUGCACAAAAUCGAGUCAAAGCUCGUCGCAACUAAAGGGAUCCUAGUGGCUUCGGUCGCCCUGGCAACCAGGAAGGCACACAUCCAGUUUGACAGUGAGAUUCUCGGCCCACGGGACAUAAUCCGGAUUAUCCAGAGUCUCGGAUUUGAGGCGAGUUUGGAGAAAAAGGGCUUCAAAAACAACGUGGAUCACACAGAAGAGAUCAGACAAUGGAGGAAUUCCUUCCUGUUCAGUCUAGUCUUUGGUCUUCCUGUCAUGGGUCUAAUGGUUUACAUGAUGGUGAUGGACACCCUGCACCAGGAACACGGGGGUUCAAUGCCUGAGGACCAAAACGUGGCGCCAGGUCUCUCCCUCCUAAACCUGAUCUUUUUCCUGCUCUGUACACCGGUACAGAUUUUCGGUGGCCGUUACUUCUACAUACAAGCGUAUCGCUCCUUAAAACACCACACGGCCAACAUGGACGUCCUGAUAGUUUUGGCAACCACCAUCGCCUACGUCUACUCCUGCUUGGUCCUUGUCAUCGCCAUGGUGGAACGAGCCAGCCAGAGCCCGGUUACAUUUUUUGACACUCCCCCAAUGCUCUUUGUCUUUAUUUCUUUGGGACGGUGGCUGGAACAUGUCGCAAAGAGGAAGACCUCGGAAGCUUUGGCCAAAUUAAUGUCACUGCAAGCCACCGACGCUACAGUGGUCACUGUGGGACCGGACCACUCCAUCAUCAGUGAGGAGCAGGUGAUGGUGGAGCUGGUGCAGCGGGGCGACGUGGUGAAGAUUGUCCCAGGAGGAAAAUUUCCCAUCGACGGAAAGGUCAUCGAGGGAAGCUCUAUGGCUGACGAGUCCUUAAUCACAGGUGAGCCGAUGCCAGUCAGUAAGACGGUGGGCAGCCUGGUGAUCGCCGGCUCCAUCAACGCUCACGGUUCCCUCUUGGUGGAGGCCACGCACGUCGGUGCUGAAACCACUCUGUCUCAGAUAGUGAAACUGGUGGAGGAGGCACAAACGUCGAAGGCCCCCAUCCAACAGUUUGCUGACAGAAUCAGUGGUUACUUUGUGCCCUUUAUUGUUUUUGUCUCCCUGGCGACGCUGGUAGCCUGGUUGGUCAUCGGGUUUGUCAACUUUACGAUCGUGACGGAGAACUUCCCGGGUUACAACCAGAACAUCUCCAAGGCGGAAGUUAUCAUUCGCUUCGCCUUCCAGGCGUCCAUCACGGUUCUGUCCAUCGCCUGCCCCUGCUCUUUGGGGCUGGCGACCCCGACGGCUGUGAUGGUGGGCACGGGGGUCGGCGCUCAGAAUGGGAUUCUCAUCAAAGGAGGCGAGCCGCUGGAGAUGGCGCACAAGAUCAACGUGGUGAUGUUUGAUAAGACUGGAACGAUCACCAACGGCGUGCCGCAGGUGACCCGGGUUCUGGUGCUGUGGGAAACGGCCCGCAUGCCUCUGAGGCAGAUCCUGGCUGUUGUGGGAACGGCGGAGGCCAGCAGCGAGCACCCGCUGGGCGUGGCGGUCACCAAACACUGCAAAGACGAGCUGGGCUCGGACGCGAUGGGGUUCUGCCAGGACUUUCAGGCGGUGCCGGGAUGUGGGAUCAGCUGCCGGGUCUCCAAUGUGGACCAUCUGCUGCAGCAGCAGAGCUUCCUGCUGCCGGGAGCCACCACGGAUGAAAGCAGCCUGCUGGCUGCCCAAGAGGCGCCCCCUACAGUGGGCGGAGCCUCCUACUCGGUCCUGAUCGGUAACCGGGAGUGGAUGAGGAGGAACGGCCUCCACAUCAAGGCAGACGUGGAUGCGGCCAUGUCGAGCCACGAAACCAAAGGCCAGACGGCCGUGCUGGUGGCCAUAGACGGUGUUCUGUGUGCGAUGAUAGCCAUCGCAGACACGGUGAAGCCAGAGUCGGCGCUGGCGGUGCACACACUCAACAGCAUGGGUGUGGAGGUGGUCAUGGUGACCGGGGAUAACAGGUGUACCGCCAAAGCCAUUGCAGCGCAGGUGGGCAUAAGGAAGGUUUUUGCAGAGGUUUUGCCGUCGCACAAAGUGGCGAAAGUGCAGGAGCUGCAGGAGCGAGGCUUGAGAGUGGCCAUGGUGGGAGACGGCAUCAACGACUCGCCCGCCCUGGCCUGCGCCGACGUCGGCAUCGCCAUCGGAACCGGCACCGACGUGGCCAUCGAGGCGGCCGACAUCGUCCUGAUCCGGAACAACCUGCUGGACGUGGUGGCUAGCAUCGAACUGUCCAAGAAGACGGUGCGCCGGAUUCGGAUCAACUUCGUCUUUGCCCUCAUCUACAACCUUCUAGGGAUUCCCAUCGCUGCAGGUGUCUUCAUGCCCGUCGGGCUGGUGCUUCAACCGUGGAUGGGCUCGGCGGCAAUGGCCGCCUCGUCGGUCUCGGUGGUUCUGUCUUCUCUUCUGCUGAGGACGUAUCGCAAAACCUCGGCGGAGUCGUACCAGUCCAGGAGUCACAUGAGGAGGAGCCUGCGCUCCUCCCAGAUCAGCGCGCAUUUGGGUCUGGACGGCCGGCGGGAGCCCCCGUGGGAACAGGAACAGCCGGACCUCGAGGCCCCCAAACCAAACCGCCACCAAACCAAAGACAACCUGGAGGUGUUGUGACAGGAAUGGGAACAAAACCGUCACAAAGCUGCUGUGCAGUUUUGGUUUGGUUUUCUUUCCGAUUGAUCCGUCCAAAGGAGUUUCCAGGUGACAACAAGUAAAAAUAAAAAUAAAAAACGUUUUUGCGUUUUUGAUCCUUCCCGUUUGAACUCUGAAUAAAAACCGAAGAGGGCAGAA